AUGUCACAUCGGCACGCCGACUCGACCGCGUCGGCCGCUCUGAUCCCUGAUCCCGACUCGGAUCUGGACCUGGACUUGGACGAACUCGACCCCCAGACCUCCACCACCAACAAUCGUAACUAUGCGAACGGUCAUUCUGCCAGGAACAUCCCACUCAAGAACCUACGGCUUGGAGGAAGAAGAGCUUUCCGCCGGCCCAACCGCUAUGUCGACGAUGCAGAUACCGAAGACCUCGAGGCCCUGCCCGAAGAUGAACACGAUCCCGCUUCCAACCGCACCAUUGUCGUAGGCGCUCGCCAGGAUGCCAAAUACCCUCCCAACGCCGUUUCCAAUGCCAAAUAUACCCCCAUCUCUUUCCUGCCACGAACCCUGUACAACGAAUUCUCCUUCUUCUUCAACAUGUACUUUCUCCUCGUCGCCUUGUCGCAAAUCAUCCCCCAGUUGCGCAUUGGCUAUCUGAGCACCUACAUCUUCCCCUUGCUCUUCGUCUUGACAAUCACUCUCGGAAAGGAGGCUAUGGACGACAUACACCGGAGAAAAAGAGAUCAGGAGGCCAACUCCGAGAGAUAUACCGUCUUGCAGAGACGCCGUCCGACAGACCAAGAUGCUGAUGGCUUACUCGAUGCUGAAGUUCGAGAGACCUCCAAGCCCUCGCGAUUGUUGAAAGUGGGAGAUGUCUUGGUCAUGACCAAAGACCAGCGCUUUCCCGCUGAUGUUGUCAUUCUCAAGAGUUUCUCUCAAGAGUCGUCUGCUCAGCCUGAACCUUUGCCCGAAAGUGAACAAGUAGACCUGUUUGAGACCAAGGUCGCAAGCGUGCCAGAACCACCAUUGGCCAACCAAACCACUUCUGAAGAUCCAAGCGCCGGUGGUGAAGCCUUUAUACGAACAGAUCAGCUUGAUGGUGAGACGGACUGGAAACUAAGAUUGGCUUCUCCACUGACCCAAGACUUGCCAUCUCGCGACUUCACAAGACUACGUCUGACGGCCGGAAAACCUGACAAACGUGUCAAUGACUUUGCUGGUACCCUGGAUCUGCUACCAGAUGGCCGUCAAGCCUACGACCCCUACGAGUCUGAGGCACCGGCUGCUGAAGUCCCAGGAACAAAAUCUAUCCCUCUGUCCAUCGACAACACUGCCUGGGCCAACACUGUGCUGGCCUCAAGCACUACUGUUUAUGCUGUGGUCAUCUAUACAGGUCCUGAGACACGUGCUGCUCUCUCUACCUCUGCUAGUCGUUCAAAGACUGGUCUGCUCGAGAACGAAAUCAACUCUUUGACCAAGAUUCUUUGUUUCUUGACUCUCGCUCUAUCAUUCAUUCUGGUGGCCAUGAAAGGUUUCCAAGCUGAGAACGGUCGAGAGUGGUACGUCUCGGUUAUGCGCUUCCUUAUCCUCUUCUCCACCAUUGUGCCUAUCAGUCUGCGCGUCAAUCUCGAUAUGGGCAAGUCAAUGUAUGCUUGGUUUAUCGAGCGUGAUCAAGGUAUUCCGGGAACUGUCGUGCGCACCAGCACUAUUCCUGAGGAUCUUGGUCGCAUUGAAUACUUGCUCAGUGACAAGACUGGUACUUUGACUCAAAAUGAGAUGGAGCUGAAGAAGAUCCACGUUGGUACAGUCUCGUAUGCUAAUGAAGCAAUGGAUGAGGUUUCAGGCUACGUCAAGUCGGCUUUCGCUGACCUGCAAGGCUUCUUCUUACCUUCUUCGAAUGUUACUGGUGGGCUUGCUUCAGGUACACGUUCUCGCAGAGAGAUUGGCCUGCGAGUCAGAGAUCUAGUUCUGGCAUUGGCUUUGUGUCAUAACGUCACGCCUACCACCGAAGAAGUCGAUGGCUCCACAGUCACUUCAUAUCAAGCUUCUUCGCCAGAUGAGAUUGCCAUUGUGGCGUGGACAGAACAAGUCGGAUUACGACUCUUGCAUCGCGAUCGAAAAACUAUCACCCUUCAAUUUGUGUACAACAGCAAAAUCGUGGUUCGCGUACAGAUCCUCAACAUCUUCCCCUUCACCUCCGACAGCAAGCGCAUGGGUAUCAUUGUCAAGUUCGUCCAAGAAGGUGGAGCUGGUGGUGAUUUGAGCGAGCUGUACUUCUUCCAGAAAGGUGCAGAUACCGUCAUGACUUCUAUCGUCGCUGCCAAUGAUUGGCUAGACGAGGAGACAGCGAACAUGGCUCGUGAAGGCUUGCGCACUCUGGUCAUCGGCAGAAAAGCUCUCUCUGGAGAGCAAUACGCUGCAUUCUCCUCAGCCUACGCGGAAGCAUCAUUGAGUCUCCACGACCGCGAUAAUAGCAUGGCACGAGUUGUCAAGCAGCAUCUCGAACACAAUCUUGAGCUGUUAGGCGUGACGGGUGUGGAAGACAAACUGCAAGCUUAUAUCAAGCCAUCUCUUGAACUUCUCCGCAACGCCGGCAUCAAGAUCUGGAUGUUGACUGGAGACAAAGUCGAGACCGCACGCUGUGUAGCCGUGUCUUCGAAACUCGUCUCAAGAGGCCAGUACAUACACACAAUCGCAGGACUCAAGCGAAAAGACUUGGCACUUGACGCACUCUCACUCCUGCAUUCUCGUCCAAACGCAGCUUUACUGAUAGAUGGCGAAUCUCUGUCUCUAUACCUAACCCAUCACAGAGACGCGUUCAUCACCCUAGCGGUGCGGCUACCCGCUGUGAUAGCGUGUCGCUGUUCUCCGACACAAAAAGCAGACGUCGCAAAGUUGAUUCGCAAUCACACUCGUAAACGCAUCGCUUGUAUUGGUGAUGGCGGCAACGAUGUGAGCAUGAUCCAAGCUGCUGAUGUAGGUGUUGGUAUCGUGGGAAAAGAAGGUCGCCAAGCCUCACUCGCCGCUGAUUUCAGCAUCACUCAAUUCAGCCACCUGACCAAAUUGCUCGUUUGGCAUGGUCGCAAUAGCUACAAGCGCUCGGCGAAACUUGCGCAGUUUGUCAUUCAUCGUGGUUUGAUUAUCAGUGUAUGCCAGACUGUGUUCUCAGUCGCUUCAGCGUAUCAACCCAUCGCCCUAUACAGAGAUUGGCUGUUGGUUGGCUAUGCAACUUUGUAUACCAUGGCACCAGUCUUCUCGCUUACGCUCGAUCGCGACGUCGAUGAGAAUCUCGCCAAUCUGUAUCCAGAACUGUACAAGGAGUUGACUUUAGGAAAGUCUCUUUCAUACCGUACCUUCUUCAUUUGGGUCGCUAUCUCAGUUUAUCAAGGCAUCAUCAUUCAAGGAGGAAGUCAGCUACUGGUUCCCAAGUUUGCGGAGCACAGUACAGGAAACGCCGACACUGCAGCCGCGUUCGCGCGUAUGGUCAGCGUGUCAUUCACUGUCCUCGUCAUCAAUGAGUUGAUUAUGGUGGCUGCGGAGAUCACGACCUGGCAUCCUGCGAACAUCAUCUCCAUUCUGGCGACUGGAUGUGUGUACUUUGGCAGCAUACCAUUGCUCUCUGGGUACUUCGAUUUGAGGUUCGUGGCGAGUGUCGGAUUUGUCUGGAGGGUUGCUGCUAUUUCGGCGGUGUCUUUGGUACCAGUAUAUGCUGGCAAGUUGAUUCGGCGAGCGGUCAAGCCGCCGAGUUAUCGCAAGGUUCAAGGAGUUUGA